AUGCUUAACCUGGCAGUCCAACAAGUAUUAGGUAGUUCUUACUUAAACGACUUAAUUAGUAAAGUGAAGGCUAUAAUUUCCUACUUCAAGCGAAGUAAUUUAGCAUGGACUAAAUUGAAAAAAAAACAGGAACAGGCUAAUAAAGUCGCAAAGAGGCCAAUCCAAGAUGUUGUUACAGGGUGGAACUCCACACUCUACAUGUUAAACAGGAUUGUGGAACUAAAAGACGAAAUUAAAUGUGCACUCAGUAAUCUAGACACCGGAGCACAUAUCCUGCAUUACCAGUGCUGGGCUCAUAAAGUUAACCUUAUUGGGGAUGUUUAUAUCAACGAAUUUAAGGAGUUAAAUAUGUUCACAGCAAACGUCAAAAAACAAAAUCCCAAUGUGAAAGACAUUUUGCUCACUACACAAUGUUGCUUUCCAUCCUUGGCUAAAGCAGCAUUACAGAGCAUCUGGAGUCCAACCAGCAGCGUAGACGCAGAACGGUUCUUCAGCAAAUACAAUGUCGUCGUAACAGACCAAAGAACAGCUCUUAAGGAGUCGAAUGACUUCGAUUUUCCCUCUUUGAAAUGGCUGCAAAAGAACGUUGUUGUGUUCCAAGCUGUGGUUCACAAAAUCAUAUCCUGCACAAGUGUCCUCAUCCUGAAAAAGAACCUGACCGUUUUAGAACAUGGCUAUAUGCUGUUGGAGGAGAUUUACUGUCACUACACUUGGAGUAAAAGGCUAGCUCAUAAUGCCAUUCCAACUCUCCAUCUACCAGGAUUCUUUGUCAAAAGGCAACCAAUGGCAGAAGUCACAAAUCUUGCUAUUGCUUCCACAUCAUCAGCAAAUUUAAAGAAUACUACAGCGGAGUCAUCCAUAUUGGCAUCACAGUUAUCAUUUACACUACCUUGUCACAAUAUCUUUAUGCUUGGCAUGGCUCAGUCACCACACCAUGAAAGCUGCUCACUGUUGCUGCUGCUCAGAAUAAUACCCGUCAAGUCUAAAACUGGGUUUUAC